UCCAUAACAUUUCAGGAAAGGGAAAAAGAUCGACAACCCAAUAUGAGUUCAACAUUUUCAAUAGCAGGAAGGCCUAUAGGGGUUGGCAAUGGCAAAAGAGAAUUCUGUAAAAAAGCUUUAGUGAUUAGAGCAACAAGAAGUGGUGGAGUAACAAUGGCCCCCAGGGAAAAGAACUCAGUUAUCUUCCCUGGAUUGUCAAAACAUGGCAUUCCUCACACUGAUCUCCAUGUCCGUGACAUUGUCGAGAGGCAGUCUCAGCAGGCUAGCUUGUUUGGCAAGGAAGAUGCCUGCAGAAGAAAGCCUGAGUUCCAUCCUUUGUUCCUUGAAGAAGCUUAUGAAAGAUGCAGAAAAAUUUGUGCAGAAUAUGCAAAGACUUUUUAUCUAGGUACUUUGUUAAUGACAAAGGAGCGACAAAAGGCAAUCUGGGCGAUUUAUGUUUGGUGCAGGAGGACUGAUGAGCUAGUUGAUGGGCACAAUGCUGUGUGCAUGAACUCCAGUGUUCUUGAUAGAUGGGAAGAGAGGCUGCAAGACAUCUUUGAUGGGCGCCCUUAUGACAUGCUUGAUGCUGCACUUACUGAUACUGUUUUUAACUUCCCUUUAGACAUCAAGCCUUUCAGAGACAUGAUUGAGGGAAUGAGAAUGGAUACAAGGACAUGUCGAUACGAAAACUUUCAAGAACUCUAUCUUUAUUGCUACUAUGUAGCUGGGACAGUCGGCCUAAUGAGUGUUCCAAUAAUGGGAAUCGCACCAGAAUCUGUAGUUUCUACUCAAAGUGUAUACAACGCUGCACUAUACUUGGGAGUUGGAAAUCAAUUGACAAACAUUCUUAGAGAUGUGGGAGAGGAUGCUUCAAGAGGGAGAGUUUAUCUUCCCCAAGAUGAACUAGCACAGUUUGGACUAUGUGACGAGGAUGUUUUCUCCAGAAAGGUGAAUGAUAGAUGGAGAGACUUCAUGAAAGAGCAGAUUACAAGAGCAAGAUUCUACUUCAAGCUGGCCGAAGAAGGAGCUUCACAGCUCAACAAGGCUAGCCGUUGGCCGGUAUGGUCAUCCUUGCUACUGUACAGAGAGAUUCUGGAUGCAAUUGAAGAAAAUGACUAUGAUAACUUGACAAAAAGGGCCUAUGUUGGAAUGACAAGGAAGUUUAUGAUGCUGCCCUUGGCAUAUUCUAAAGCUAAAUCAACACCACCUAGCUUCAGCUUUCCAUAUAGAAUUUGAUUGUAGAAGGGCUUGUGACUUUGUAAAUGUAAUAUUAGUUGCCCCCUUUUUAAGGGUUGACAACUUACGCUUUAAAA